AAGUACCUGAUUUUAGUACCCCGUUUUAAAUGAACCUGCCACAAAAUGGUGUUCGUCUCCAUUUUAAAUACAUGAGUUAUUUACACCAUUAUUGUGGCUGUAAGUCUUGUGAAUCUGCAACCUUGAUCUUGCCCAGAAAAUGUCACAUCUUCAAGCAGGCAUUAUUAUUCUGAUCCUCAAAUUCACCCUAAUUUUUACGCAUGGAUCAGACAAUGAUGUCGAACUGAGACCCGUAAUCAAUUAUGAUGAUAUAAGCGCAGAUGUCACAUUUUGUCAGACGUAUUACCCUUAUUCGUACUCCAAGUGUUUAAGGAUCUGUUCCUCCCACUCGGAACCAACCUGUGUCGACGAUGAUCUCUGCGUCUGUGACACCAAUGACAAAUAUUCGUCGGUCACCACUAUCAAUGAAAAACAGACUCUGCAAAAUAAGUUUGGGGUAACCACUACCGCAGAUUGCAAACAAAGUAUUUUUUGCAAAGAAAGUUGCCAAAACACAGUCUCUCAAAAUGGACGGACAUUUACAACGGGGGUGCUAUGCGUUCAAACAACCAAAGAUUAUGGACUUAUUAACAUGUGCGUUUGCCGAAAGACAAAUUUUUAAUAAUUAGUAGGUAAUUCAUCCGUCUAGUUUAUUUUUUUACAUUGAGACCUUUUAGAUAGAUAAAAGUAUUGUAAAUCUAUGUAAUUUAUAAUUUAAUUAACAUGUGUAUAACAUUAUGUGUCCAUGUCGUAUUACUACAUGAAGCUAUAAACCUUUGAAAAUAAAUUUGGCUAAAAAUGGA